AUGGACUGGGAAAGAGGAAUAUGGAACGCAGCCUUUUCUGGUGAUGAAGAAAAAGUUAAAAUAUUAAUCAAAAAAGCGAGGAAUGCUAAAGAAAUUGUAAAUUGCCCAGACAAUGCAGGCUACACUCCACUUCAUUAUGCAGCUCGUAGUGGUCACGUUAAUAUAUGUAAUAUACUGUUACAAAAUGGUGCAGAUAUUAAUGCUGAAACUAGAAGUGGCAAAGCAACUCCUCUACAUAAAGCUGCUGCAGCUGGCAAAGCCACAACACUAAAAUUCCUCAUUCAAUCUGGAGCUUGUGUUGACAAACAAGAUAUUGACGGUCAGACGGUACUCCACAAAGCAAUCCAAAACAAAAGGUUUGAUUUAAAAUGGCGUUGUGGGAGACGAUUUCAGUUUCACAAUUUCAAGUUACCAUAUUGUCACAUAGACAUAUUAUGGUCAUUUUAA